AUUGAGCCAAAUAAUAACAUUCUGUAUUAAGAGACCGCGUUUUUAAUUUUUUGUAACUCCUCUCUUUUUUACGCUUUUUUCUUUCUCUUUCUGUAUUAAACAAGAUGAACUUUGACGAAAUUGAAGAACAAGACGGUAUUCGUUUCUCUUGGAAUGCUUGGCCAUCUUCACGUACUGAAGCCACAAAGGCUGUUGUUCCUAUUGCUUGUCUCUAUACACCUUUAAAGGAACGUGAAGACUUUAUUGAAAGCCCCAUCUGGUAUGAGCCUGUUACCUGUAAAGCUCCCUGCCGAGCCAUCUUGAAUCCUUACUGUCAAAUCGACGUGCGUGGUAAGCUCUGGAUUUGUCCCUUCUGUCUUCAAAGAAACGCGCUUCCACCUCAUUAUAAGGAUAUCUCAAACACCAAUCUUCCUGCUGAACUUUUGCCUAAAUACACCACGAUUGAAUACAACUUGAACCGUGUUGCUCAAAUCCCACCUAUCUUUUUAUUCAUCGUCGAUACCUGUCUUGAAGAAGAAGAUUUAAAGGCACUGAAGGAAUCUUUGAUUGUCAGCUUAAGUUUGUUGCCUGAAUAUGCCUGGGUGGGUUUGAUCACCUUUGGUACCAUGUCAUUUGUUUUCCGUGGUACAAAGGAAUAUGCUGCAAAGCAAAUCCAAGAAAUGUUGGGUUUAACCAACAAUCUUGCUCGCCCUGUACCUGGACAACAUCCCAAUCGUCCCGGUCAACCACCUCAAAUGACCAUGGCUGCUAACAGAUUCUUGCUUCCAGUCAAGGAUUGUGAGUUUGUCUUGACCUCUAUCUUGGAAAACUUACAACGUGAUCCUUGGCCCGUGGCUGAUGAUAAGCGUCCUGAAAGAUGCACAGGUGUUGCCAUGAGUGUUGCUGUUGGUCUCUUGGAGACCACAUUCCCCAACACAGGUGCUCGUAUGAUGCUCUUCUCUGGUGGUGCUGCCUCUGAAGGACCUGGUAUGGUUGUCAGUAACGAAUUAAGAGAACCUAUUCGUUCCCAUCAUGAUAUUGAAAAGGAAUCUGCAAAGCAUUACAAAAAGGCCACCAAAUUUUAUGAUGCACUCGCUAAAAGAGCAGCUCAAAAUGGCCAUACCAUUGAUAUUUUUGCUGGCUGUCUUGAUCAAAUUGGUUUGUUAGAAAUGAGAUCGAUGGUCAACAGUACAGGUGGUUUUAUGAUCUUGGCUGAUUCUUUCAACACAGCCAUCUUUAAGCAAAGUUUCCAACGUAUCUUUCAAAAGGAUAGCCAAGGCCAUUUACAAAUGGGCUUUAAUGCCACUAUGGAUGUUCAGACCACACGUGAAUUAAAGGUCUGUGGUCUUAUUGGCCAUGCUGUCUCUGCCAACAAGAAGACUGCCUAUGUAGGUGAAACUGAGAUUGGUAUUGGCAAUACUUCUGCCUGGAAGAUGUGUUCAUUAAACCAUGAGACAACCAAUGCUCCUGGUUCUCGUGGUCUGAUCCAAUUCGUUACUCACUAUCAACAUUCAAGUGGUCAAUUCCGUCUUCGUGUCACUACGGUUGCUCGUAACUUUGCUGAAGGACAAAGCCCUGAGAUUGCCAAUUCAUUUGACCAAGAAACUUCUGCUGUCUUGAUGUCGCGUAUUGCUGUCUUUAAGGGUGAAAUUGACGAUGGACCUGAUGUGUUGCGCUGGUUGGACCGUAUGUUGAUUCGUCUCUGUCAACGCUUUGCUGAUUACCGUAAAGACGAUCCUCAUUCCUUCAGACUGUCUGAAAACUUUUCUAUUUACCCUCAAUUCAUGUUCCAUUUAAGACGUUCUCAAUUCUUGCAAGUCUUUAACAAUUCGCCUGAUGAAACUGCCUUUUAUCGCCACACAUUGAACCGUGAAAAUGUCGAUUCUUCUCUUAUCAUGAUUCAACCUACUCUGACAUCAUACAGCUUUGAUAGUGCACCUCAACCUGUCUUGUUGGAUUCUGUUUCUAUCAAGGCAGAUGCUAUCUUAUUGUUGGAUACUUUCUUCCAUAUUUUGAUCUUCCAUGGUUCUACUGUUGCACAAUGGCGUGAAGCUGGUUAUCAAGACCAAGAAGGCUAUGAAAACUUCAAGCAACUUUUGGAAGCACCUGUCUUGGAUGCUCAAGACUUAUUGAUGGAAAGAUUCCCUGUUCCUCGUUACAUUGUGUGUGAUCAAGGUGGAUCUCAAGCUCGUUUCUUGCUCUCUAAAUUAAAUCCCUCUACCACACAUACCUCUGGCAGUCCUUAUAGUGCUACUGAUGGUGCUGUUGUCUUGACUGAUGAUGUCAGCUUGCAAGUCUUUAUGGCCCACUUGAAAAAGUUGGCUGUUGCUGGUGCUUCUUAAAUAUAACCUUUCUUUUUUUUUUCCUUUUAUUUUAUAUUUAUAU